GGGGCCUUGGGGAGAGCCCAGGAUGGAGGUGGCGGUCGCGGCGGCGGCGGCGGCGGCGGCGGGCCGGGCCCUGCAGCAGGCGGGAGGAGGUGAGUGCCAGGCCCGCUGAGCCUGCGCAGAGCCGCCAGCCAUGCCCGGGAUCGUGGUGUUCCGGCGGCGCUGGUCUGUGGGCAGUGAUGAUUUGGUUCUGCCGGCUAUCUUCCUCUUCCUCUUGCACACCACGUGGUUUGUGAUCCUGUCCGUGGUGCUCUUCGGCCUGGUCUACAACCCCCACGAGGCCUGCUCCCUGAACCUGGUGGACCACGGCCGCGGCUACCUGGGCAUCCUGCUGAGCUGCAUGAUCGCUGAGAUGGCCAUCAUCUGGCUGAGCAUGCGUGGCGGCAUCCUUUACACGGAGCCACGCGAGUCCAUGCAGUAUGUCCUCUACGUGCGCCUGGCCAUCCUGGUGAUCGAGUUCAUCUAUGCCAUCGUGGGCAUCGUGUGGCUUACCCAGUACUACACUUCCUGCAACGACCUCACGGCCAAGAACGUCACCCUGGGGAUGGUCGUGUGCAACUGGGUGGUCAUACUCAGCGUCUGCAUUACGGUCCUCUGUGUCUUCGACCCCACCGGCCGCACCUUUGUCAAGCUCAGAGCCACCAAGAGGAGGCAGCGCAACCUGAGGACUUACAACUUGCGGCACCGCUUGGAGGAGGGUCAGGCCACCAGCUGGUCGCGCCGCCUCAAAGUCUUCCUCUGCUGCACCCGCACCAAGGACUCACAGUCAGACGCCUACUCGGAGAUCGCCUACCUCUUCGCCGAGUUCUUCCGAGACCUGGACAUCGUCCCCUCGGACAUCAUCGCGGGCCUGGUGCUGCUCCGACAGCGGCAGCGGGCCAAGCGCAGCGCUGUGUUGGAUGAGGCCAACAAUGACAUCCUGGCCUUCCUGUCUGGGAUGCCCGUCACCAGGAAUACCAAGUACCUGGACCUCAAGAAUUCGCAUGAGAUGCUACGCUACAAGGAGGUCUGCUACUACAUGCUCUUCGCGCUGGCUGCCUAUGGCUGGCCCAUGUACCUGAUGCGCAAACCAGCCUGCGGCCUAUGCCAGCUGGCUCGAUCCUGCUCGUGCUGCCUGUGUCCUGCACGGCCCCGCUUCGCCCCCGGCGUCACCAUCGAGGAGGACAACUGUUGUGGCUGCAAUGCCAUGGCCAUCCGGCGCCACUUCCUGGAUGAGAACAUGACAGCUGUGGACAUCGUCUACACCUCCUGCCACGAUGCGGUCUAUGAAACCCCUUUCUAUGUGGCCGUGGACCAUGACCGGAAGAAGGUGGUGAUCAGCAUCCGGGGAACGCUGUCCCCCAAGGAUGCCCUGACUGACUUGACGGGCGAUGCCGAGCGUCUCCCAGUGGAGGGCCACCACGGUACCUGGCUGGGACACAAGGGCAUGGUCCUCUCAGCCGAGUACAUCAAGAAGAAGCUGGAGCAGGAGAUGGUCCUGUCCCAGGCCUUCGGACGUGACCUGGGCCGCGGGACCAAGCACUAUGGCUUGAUUGUGGUGGGCCACUCGCUGGGCGCAGGCACCGCUGCCAUCCUCUCCUUCCUCCUGCGCCCCCAAUACCCGACCCUCAAGUGCUUUGCCUACUCACCACCAGGCGGCCUGCUGAGUGAGGACGCCAUGGAGUACUCCAAGGAAUUUGUGACAGCUGUGGUGCUGGGAAAGGACCUGGUCCCCAGGAUCGGCCUCUCGCAGCUGGAAGGCUUCCGAAGGCAGUUGCUGGACGUCCUGCAGCGAAGCACCAAGCCCAAGUGGCGGAUCAUCGUGGGGGCCACCAAGUGCAUCCCCAAGUCAGAGCUGCCCGAGGAAGUGGAAGUGACUGCCCUGGCCAGCACCCGGCUCUGGACCCACCCCAGCGACCUGACCAUCGCCCUGUCGGCCAGCACCCCGCUCUACCCCCCGGGGCGCAUCAUCCAUGUGGUCCACAACCACCCGGCAGAGCAGUGCUGCUGCUGUGAGCAGGAGGAACCCACUUACUUUGCCAUCUGGGGCGACAACAAGGCCUUCAACGAGGUGGUCAUCUCGCCAGCCAUGCUGCACGAGCAUUUGCCCUACGUGGUCAUGGAGGGGCUCAACAAGGUGCUGGAGAACUACAACAAGGGCAAGACGGCCCUGCUGUCCGCCGCCAAGGUCAUGGUGAGCCCCACCGAGGUGGACCUCACCCCCCAGCUCAUCUUCCAGCAGCAGCCGCUGCCCACGGGGCCGCCACUGCCCACCGGCCUGGCCCUCGAGCUGCCCACCCCAGACCACCGAAACAGUGUCAGGACCAAGUGCCAGUCUGAGAUGAGCCUGGAGGCCUUCUCGGAGGGGCAGUUGCUGACCCCGGCGGCGGCGGUGACAGCCGCAGCGGCCACCGCCUCCCAGGACCCGGUGGAGCUCCUGCUGCUGUCCACGCAGGAGCGGCUGACGGCUGAGCUGCAGUCCCGGCGCGCGCCGCUGGCCACCAUGGAGAGCUUGUCAGACACCGAGUCCCUCUACAGCUUUGACUCCCGCCGCUCCUCUGGCUUCCGCAGCGUGCGGGGCUCCCCCAGCCUGCAUGCCGUGCUGGAACGUGAGGAAGGACCCCUCUUCUACAUCGACCCCGCUAUUCCGGAGGAGAACCCCUCACUGAGCUCCCGUACCGAGCUACUGGCCGCUGACAGCCUGUCCAAGCACUCACAGGACACGCAGCCCCUGGAGGCCACCCCGGGCAGCAGAGGGUCGGGCACCCCAGAGAGGCCACCCAGCAUCGCCACCAUUGCCACCGCCGGUCCCCCAGAAGUUGAGGAGGCCGCAGAGGAAGAGGGUGGCAGCGGCGGGGUGGCUCCUCGUGGGGACUUGGCCAUGCACAACGGGCGUUUGGGGGACUCCCCCAGUCCGCAGGUGCUGGAGUUUGCUGAGUUCAUUGACAGCCUCUUCAAUUUGGACAGCAAGAGCGGCUCGUUCCAGGACCUCUACUGCAUGGUGGUGCCCGAAAGCCCCACUAGCGACUAUGCCGAGGGCCCUAAGUCCCCCAGCCAGCAGGAGAUCCUGCUGCGGGCCCAGUUCGAGCCCAACCUGGUGCCCAAGCCCCCCCGGCUCUUUGCCGGCUCCACCGAUCCCUCUUCUGGCAUCUCGCUGUCCCCGUCGUUCCCGCUCAGCUCCUCUGGGGAGCUCACGGACCUCACACCCACCGGCCUCAGCAGCCAGGAGUGCCUGGCGGUGGACAAGAUCCGGACCUCGACCCCUGCGGGCCACGGGACCAGCCCAGUAAAGCAGGACGACCUGGCCAUCUCGGCCCGCUAGCAUCGGUCAGCCGAUGGCCCGGAGGUCUGAGACUGUCCCACCCACAUUCCCACCCCACCCCAGUUCUCACUUACCCCAGGGCCAAACCCUCCCCGCCAAAGCUGGCCAGGCCUGGGGCACUGCUGCUGAGCUGGGGGUCCCCCUUGCUACCUCAGCUUAGGACCCUCAG